ACGAGUCGCAGUCGCAGACGAAGCCGGCAAGUUGUCAAUUUGCUGUGUAUGUGUUAGUGUAUGUGUGCGAGAGGAAUUUCAACAGUGGGUGUGAAAUGUGAAACGAGCUUUUUGCGUUUUAAGCCGAGACAGACAUCAACAAACAAAUAAACAAAACUGAAACAGCAAAACAAAUAAAACGAAAUUAGUCAAGCUCGUUGUACACUUUAAUUAAAUUAAGUGCAAAAGCAAAGAGCAUAAGCCAAAGUGAAGCCAUUGGACAAAAGAAAGUUUCGCUUUUGGUAUUAACAUCAAAUGGGCCACAAAAGCGCCUUUAAUUGAGCCAAAUAACAAACAUCAACAACAAUAAAAAAUAAGAAGAAGAAAAAAAGAAAGUCUGACGACGCGCAUUACACAAACACGCCAACCUCAACCGACAACAACGGUCUGCAAUUGGCCCCCAGGAGACCGGAUCCAAAGUAAAAGCCCUAUCAAACGCAUCCAACCUUUCGACCCAGCAACAUGACGCAAGUUGCAAGAGUGAUCUUAGCCUGCUGCCUGCUCAGCGCUGUUACCAUCCAAAUGAGCUCAGCCUCGGCAAUACCGAUUUGGGAGUUUUUGUCGCGUAACGAAAAGAUGUCGUACCUCUACUCAACGUUCGCACAACUGGUUAGCGUGCACUGCAAGUCAACGGUGGGCGGUGGCCUGCCCGUAAACCAAUGCAAGCACAAUCUGCUUGGUUAUGGCUAUGAGAAAUUGCAAACAUUCUCCGAUGCGCAACUCGAGGCACUUGAUCCGUAUCAGCGCGAUGCCAAUGAGCUGAUCUGGUCAUCGAUUAUGCGGGAUCAUCCCAGUGCAACGCUGAUAACCACACGCAAGCCCCAAACGGUGCCGACACCUCCGGCCUCGUCGCUCAUCAUACUCACCCAUCAGCAGCCACCGCAGCAGAAUCAACAACAGCAAAAUCCUCUCUUCGAUGGCAGCAGCAGCGGCAACAUCGAGCACAAGCACAAAUACGCCAUGGACAUGGAUAUGGCCUAUGGCUAUGGCGGCGGUGAGCAAAGUCCAGCUGUCCAGCAGUCAAGUGAACUUCCCGUUGCCGCCGCCUUGACAGCUGAGCCACCACAGACGUAUCUGAGCGGUCCGCUGGUGAUUCGUCUCCGUCCCGAUGGCACACCCGUUGAGGAGGACAAAAACCGGCCGCUGCCGCGUGACGAUGAUCUGGAAACUUAUCGUUUGGCGCACGGUGGCAACAUCGGCGGCAACAGCAACCCACGCCCGAACAGACAUCGCAAGAUUGCUACCAUUAGCGCACUCAAGCAGCAACACUUUGCGGCCAUUGCUCUGCAGAGAGAGCUGCAACCACCUCAUCCUCAGCAAGUGCGACGUCAGUUCCGCCAGACACAGCCACAGCAACAGCUACAGCUACAGACGCAAUCCCAUCCGCAGCCCCUCAUCAGCUCUGGCUAUUAUUAUAGCAAGGGGCAGGCGUAAGAUAUCAGUCACCACAGGUUGAGGGGGCGUAACGCCUUCUGAAUUGAUUUUUAUUAGAUUAUAGUAGUACUAUAGUUUUAAGUAUAAUGAUUGAGUGUGUCGGGUGGCUGAAAGAUUUGAAUGUGAUAUUGAUAAUGGUCGUGCAUGAGGAAUCUUUGUUUAACCGCGUAAAUGGUUUCGAUGCACUUGAGCUUUAAUUGAAUUUCGUAUUUGUACAAUUUAUAUAACAACGUUUAAGUUUUCUUUAAUUUUAUUUAUUCGUGUGCAUUAGUUAUAAGCUGAUAUAGAGAUUCUUACAAAAUAAAACUUUAUAUUUGUAUUUGCAAAAUCAA